AUGACGCACGACGACGACGCCGCCUUUCGCCCGGGUCAGUUCGAGGUGCUGCAGGCGAUCGUCCAAGGUCACUCGCCCAUCGUGCAGGUCCAAGGCACGGGCGGCGGGAAGAGCCUGUCGUUCAUGCUGCCGGCCUACUGCGCGCCCGACGGCAUUACCUUGGUCGUCAUGCCGCUGGUCGCGCUGCGGAAGGAUAUGCAACGACGCUGCCAGGUCGCGGGCAUCCGCACGUUCGUGUACCGAGCGUCCGCCCCGACCGACAGCGACGUGUCGAUCGUCUUCGUCACGCCCGAGACCCUGACGAGCAAGUCCUUCCAGACCUACCUGGCCCGCCUGCAGCAGAGCCGCUCGCUGGAUCGGAUCGUGGUGGACGAGUGCCACAUGGUGUUGGACGUGCUGUACGCGGCCCGGAACAAGAAGACCCGGUUCCGCGAAGGCUUCGUCGAGAUCGGCGGCAUCCUCGAGCAGACGGGCGUGCAGCUGGUCUUCCUGACCGCCACCCUGCCGCUGCAGGACGAAACCAACUUCUACCGCGCCAUGAAGCUGCGGCCGUACGAGGUCGAGCUGUUUCGACGACCCACCACGCGCGCUAACCUACGUUAUCACGUGCGCAUGUUCGACCCGUCGGCGGGUCCCUCCUCACGUGCCGCGGGGUCGUCCCCCAGCGAAGAAGAAAUCCGUCGGGCGCUCGUGGCCGAGGUUGUGGUGGAGCUGCUGGCCACGUACGAGCGGGGGAAGGUGAUCGUGUACUGCGGUACGGUAGGGAGGACGAAGGCGGUGGGCGAACAGCUGGGCUGUUCGAUGUAUUAUAGCGGGGUAGGAUCGGACGAGCAAAAAGCUCGUAUCGUAGAGGAUUGGAUUACGGGGGCAUUGGGGUCCAGGGUGAUCGCGGCAACGAACGCACUAGGAGCCGGUCUAGAUGUUCCUGACAUCCGCGCGGUGGUGCAUGCCGACGCGCCCUAUCGUCUCAGCGACUUUGCGCAGGAGAGCGGUCGAGCCGGGAGGGAUGGCGCCCCUGCCGACUCGAUCGUGCUCUGCCGACGCAUCGUGCGAGACGAGGGGUCGAACGCGCGGGCGCAGGCGCCGCCGAAGGGUUUAGGAAUAGGUACUAUCUUUUCGUGGUCGGAACUCGUUUCGUAUUCUUGCUGGUGUCUGUCGUAG